CUCAGUAGAUGAAGCCGUGAGCGUUGAGAAAGCAUUACCCUUCUUAGAGUGAGAGAGGGAGAGGGUUUCAACUUUCAAGUUUUUUUAGCGGAUAGUGAUGAAAGCUCGCAGGGGUUUCCGGUAUUAAGAAAAAAGCCUUGCUACAAAUCCGGUCAAGAUAUAAAGAGAAAAAAAGCAAAAAACAUAAAAACAAAAAGAGGGAGAGAUAAAAAGCUUUCUCUCCCGGGUUUCAAAUUUCAAUGAUCCCAAUGUGAAAUCGCUUAAUCGAUCUGAUCAAUUCCCGAGAAUCCAUUAAUGCGAGCUUUGAUUCGAUUAUCAAGGUCAUGUUUUUCUGUUCCUCCAGGGUUUUGUUUCGAUCAUUCUGGCUGUUGUUCUAGUUUUAAUAAACUAGCGGAGUAGAAACUUUCAUUGAUUUUUAAGAUCGAAGUGUUGUUCUGGGGUUUCGUUGCAUUGUCUCAAAUCGAGCUGCAGAUGCUGCCCCUUCUGGUUGGAUACGAUUUUAUUCAAAUAAGGGAGCUUCAUUGAUAAGUAGUUUAUUUGAAAUUGAAGAGCUUAAUUGGUUAUGGUCUAACUUGGUUUCGAGAGUUCGUUUGGUGAUUUAUGGCUGGUCACUAGAUUUGAUUGGGUUGAAUCCAGGGGAUCGAGCUUCUGAGUGUGAUGUUGAGAACAAUUUAUUGCAGAGAGGAGGAAAAUUCGCGGUUUCAGCAUGCAUUUCACGAAGCUCGACGAUUCUCCGAUGUUUCGGAAACAGAUUCAAUGCCUGGAGGAAAAUGCCGAAUCAUUAAGAGAGAGAAGCUUGAAGUUUUGUAAAGGAUGUCGAAAGUACACAGAAGGGCUUGGAGAAGCAUAUGAUGGAGACAUCGCUUUUGCUAGUGCCCUUGAAACAUUUGGAGGAGGGCAUAAUGAUCCUAUUAGUGUGGCUUUUGGAGGUCCUGUUAUGACCAAAUUUACAAUUGCUUUGAGAGAAAUUGGAACGUACAAAGAAGUCCUUCGGUCUCAGGUAAAGGUUGAGCACAUGUUAAAUGACAGGUUGAUGCAUUUUGUCAAUGUUGAAUUACAUGACAUCAAGGAAGCACGAAAGCGUUUUGAGAAAGCUAGCCUUAUUUAUGACCAGGCUCGUGAGAAGUUUCUUUCAUUGAGGAAAAGCACAAAAACAGAUGUUGCUACUGUCUUGGAGGAGGAGCUUCAUAAUGCAAGGUCUGCAUUUGAGCAAGCUCGCUUUAAUCUGGUUACUGUUCUCUCUGAUGUUGAAGCAAAAAAGAGGUUUGAAUUUUUAGAGGCUGUUAGUGGGACAAUGGAUGCUCAUCUUCGUUACUUCAAACAGGGUUAUGAGCUACUGCAUCAGAUGGAACCAUAUAUAAACCAGGUCUUGACAUAUGUGCAACAGUCAAGGGAAAGGUCAAACUAUGAACAGGCAGCUCUUACAGAAAGAAUGCAGGAAUACAAGAGGCAGAUUGAUAGGGAAAGUCGAAUGUCUUCAAAUGGCACACAUAGUUCACAAAACGGAGAUGGUAUACAAACUAUAGGUCGAAGUUCACACAAAAUGAUAGAGGCAGUCAUGCAAUCUUCUGCUAAUGGAAAGGUUCAAACAAUUCGACAAGGUUAUCUCUCAAAGCGUUCCUCAAACCUAAGGGGUGACUGGAAAAGAAGGUUUUUCGUUCUUGAUAGCCGUGGAAUGUUGUACUACUAUCGCAAGACCAAACCAUCUGGAGCUGGCAAUCAACUCUCCAGUCAGCGGAAUUCCUCUGAACUUGGUUCUGGAUUGCUUAGUCGUUGGCUUUCUUCCCAUUACCAUGGAGGUGUAAAUGAAGAGAAGCCCGUGGCCCAUCAUACUGUGAACCUGUUGACAUCAACAAUAAAAGUUGAUGCAGACCAAUCAGAUUUGAGAUUCUGCUUCAGAAUUAUUUCUCCGACAAAGACCUAUACCUUGCAGGCAGAGAGUACACUGGAUCAAAUGGACUGGGUUGAAAAGAUAACAGGAGUUAUUGCUUCGUUGCUGAGUUCCCAGUUAACUGAGCAGUAUCUACCUUCUAGUCCUAUGGGUACCAGUGAGAGUAGUUCGUUAGAAAGCUCUGAUUUUGAUUACUUAGCAAUUGAUGAAUGCACAUCUGAGAGGAGCUUAGUUACUGCUAGAAGUUCUCAGCAGCAACGACUUGGUGUGAAAACUGAGAAGCCAAUUGAUGUGCUAAGAAGAGUAUGUGGGAAUGAUAAAUGUGCUGAUUGUGGUGCCCCAGAUCCAGAUUGGGCUUCUUUAAAUCUUGGUAUUCUUGUCUGCAUUGAGUGUUCCGGUGUUCAUCGUAACCUUGGUGUACAUAUAUCUAAGGUAAGAUCAUUGACACUUGAUGUGAAAAUCUGGGAGCCUUCUGUUAUAGCUUUGUUUCAGUCACUGGGAAAUACAUUUGCAAACUCAAUAUGGGAGGAGUUAUUGCAAUCACAAAGUUCCUUUCAAGCUGAUGAGUGCUCUACAGGUUGCUCCAAAUCCGUUGGACACCAACAGCUUCUUAUGAACAAGCCUAGCCCUGUUGACCCUAUUUCAAUAAAAGAGAAAUUCAUUCAUGCAAAGUAUGCAGAAAAGCUUUUUGUUCGCAAGGCCACAAAUGAUCUAGAUCUCCUUUCAGUGGCCCAGCAAAUGUGGGACAGUGUCCGUACCAAUGACAAAAAAGCAGUAUAUCAUUACAUUGUUAACUCUGAGACAGAUGUCAAUGCUGUGCAUGGGCAAACAUCUUUUAGCACAUCUUUGACUCAGGAAAAAACAAUGUUGUUGCAAGAGCAGUCAAAUCUUGAGUGCAACUCUAGCUGCUUAGAGGAGGAUUCUUUGGACAAGGACUUUACAGAGAGCUCUAUGAAAUCAGUAGAUGCAAGCCAGGACAGGAAUGUAGAAGAGUGUUUUGAUGGUUGUUCCUUGCUUCACCUUGCUUGUCAAACUGCAGACAUAGGCAUGAUAGAGCUCCUCUUCCAGUAUGGGGCAAACAUAAAUGCUCCAGAUUCAAGAGGCCAGACACCACUUCAUCAUUGUAUUCUUGGAGGCAGAAAUGCAAUUGCAAAGUUGCUUCUUUCAAGGGGAGCUGACCCUAAGGCUGUAGACGGAGAAGGCAAUACCCCUCUUGAUGCAGCAGAAUCAACCUUCAAUGAUGAAGUACUGUCUCUAUUCACUGAUGCUUGACAGAUGACAUUGUUAGGGAGAUGAUUAUUAGACAGUAGUGCAAAAAAGACGGAUAUCCAAGGGUUUGGGUUCUCUUUGAUAAUUAUAUUUCAAAAAAUUGGUAUCUGAUACCCAUUGGAGGAAGCUGUCAGAAGUGAUCUUGGGAAUUGAAGGACCAGGCAGGUUGGCAUGCCUGCUUGUUGGGGCCCCUGAAUAGUAGACCCAUGACUGUAACUUGUAGCGGCCUUGUUCUCCCAGAAUCUGAGAGCUUCUGCAGGCUUUCUAGCUUCAACUUUUGUAAUGUAAUAUGUAUCUUUUCUUAUUUAUCAAGUCCACACCCCUCGUUUAUAUCUUUUAUUUUCUUUUGGUUUCUUUUCUGGUGGUUGUUAAGUGGGGGGUGGUGUUGGGGGGUUGUAGCUUCAGGUAUUAUGGUUGUACAUUUGUUUGUCUGGUUGCUCAGUGUGAAAAGAUUUCUUUGGCGGAAAUUCUUCCUAGUGAUCUAAAAAUGUGAAGAAAACGGAAAAAGAGAUAUGGAAAUUGCUAUUUUCCAAAAUGGGAACAUUCAUGUUGCUCAAUAAUGUCAAGGGUUAUUAUCUAAA